AACAGAAAACAAAAAGAGGACUCUGAUCUCCCGUAUGUGAACUAGCUCCGUAUGAUAACAUCUUUACAAUUCAGUCCAACGAAUUGGUAUUUCGAAAACUUUCCAUGUUGAUAUUGGUGAAACUGGUACAGUAAAUAUUUGCCCACCUUGCACAAAGGUAAAUAUAAUGCACCUGUGCAAAAUCGUAUAAAUAACAAGUACAUAUUUUCAUGUAUUUGAAUUUAUACUAGUGGUUUCACCUUUACAACCCAAAAACAUUGGGAAUAUGUUAUUAAAGAUUCGGCAUGCGCUAUUGGAAAUAAGCAAUCAUCCAGUCACAAAGCAAUCGGCUAUCAUUAUCAACAAUGAAAUUAUCAUUACUUCGGGCUGCAUCCUGCAGCCAUAUGUGCGUCCAAUGACACCAUUCAUAGCUGAUCACAACAAAGAAGGUGUUUGUCCAAGCACGAAAAUCAUACACAAACUACAACAAUGUCAGCUCAUUAGUGUACAAGAUUGCAAUAGCGUGGAGGCGAAGCAUUUGAAUGCUCUGAACUACCAGGUAACAUUCGAUCGACGCAAAUUGCCACCGCCUAAUGAACGACGCAGACAACCGCAUAUAUUAACGCGUUACUGUGCCAGGUUGCUGUUUCUCUUCAGCUCAUCGGAGAUUUCACGGCAUGUGCUACGCUUCUUAGAAACAGAUCACACUGACGAUGCACUGAAAUCGCAUAAUGAAGUGUUACUUUCCAGCUUUCUAGUUUUAAGUAUGCGUUGUGAUGGUGGUAAAGAAUACUUCGAAAAGUUCCUUCGCCACAUUGAGCAUUACCUACGGUAUCUACAACCAAUACACACAUUGGAUGAUGUGCUGGUUAUGUGUACGCCAUUUGGCUUGGAAAAUUUCUAUAAGACAAUAAGCAUCGGCAAAGUAUCGAAUGUAAUGGGUCGCGAUGGUUGCCUCUUUGUGUUAUCUAAUGCGCUGGCGCUGGGUUGCGAGGGUGCUGCUGUAUUCAAUAACAAACUACGCUUGAUUGGCAUGAUAAUGUGCACUUCGUUUCAGCGCCAGCAGGAGAAUGUUAACCUAACUUUAGCGGCAAAUUUUGCAUUCGUGUUGCGGGAUUUUAUGCGCCAACUAGGCUUAAAUAUUAUGUCGGUUCGAGUGGCAAGGGAUUCAUCUAAUUUUCCAUGGGAACGUGCUAUGGUUGUAAUUGAAGCUGGAGGUAGCCAAGGCACUGGCACAUUUGUAAAAGUGUUAAACAAAAAGUUUAUACUCACAUGUACGCAUGUUGUUUUCAAGUUAAGCACCAAGGCGUUUUGCCGCAGUGUGGAUGGAGAAUUCGAGUCGGAAGUGCUUUGGCGAAAUCCACAAUACGAUCAACCAUUUGAUAUUGCGCUAUUAGCCGCACCCGCUAAUAUUCCCGAGCGCUACUGUGUACGUUUGUCUAGUGCUAAACCAACACUUGGUCAGACAGUUUUUAAUGCCGGUUUUCCUUACUUUGUCAACUUCAACUUGAAAUAUGAUUUCAAUCCAGCCAUAUUUCAAGGACGUGUUAUUAAAUGUUCACCUGGCGCAAUUAUGUCCGAUGGUUGUGUACAGGCUGGUCAGAGUGGUGGGCCGAUGUUUGAUGAUCAGGGUUAUAUUUUGGGUAUAUGCGUGUCAAACAUAAAAGUUGGGAAUGUUGUGUAUCCUAAUUUAAAUACCGCAGUGCCCAUUUACCAGAUACGCACAUGGUUGGAACAGUAUGCGCGUACAAAUGACGUACAAGUACUUAGUAAUUUGGUGGCCAACAAGGAAAUGCAGCGUAUAUGGGCAUUAGAAGCUCCACCUGUCUUAAGUAAAUUGUAGUAGUAGUCUAAAUGGUAGACUCAGCACUAUUUUGAAAGAAAAUGUUGUGUAAAAUUGCAACCAUAUUUUUAUAUACUAAACACAUUCACAUUACACUUAAGUUUAUGUAAAUUACUUGUAAGUAAGUAAAUAUGAAAGUGAUAUAAAUAAUAAUUUUUUUAUGAAUAUGAGAUAAUUCUAUUUAA